AGAAAAAUUAAAGUGGAAGAGUUAAAUGACUAUCCCUGUUGAUAUGUUACCGAUGCACUGAUGUGGUAUCGAUGCCAAAUCAUCAGAUCAUUAAAUUUUGAUACUGUACUAUUAAAUAUGCGGCAAACAGUGUCAACGUGUGAUCAUUAGUCGGGUACCGUGCAGUUGCCGUACUGUAAAGUGGGCGACGUCCUUUAUACUGAAACAAAGUUUUUUGAAACAUCCACGUGCAUUACUUUUACACGAUUAAUAAAACAUAUACUUUGAUUACAAUGUCUAAACAAAAUUUAGAAAUUUUCCAUAAAAGAGCAGCUGCAGCGGAAGAAGAAAUAGCUUUUUUGAAGCAAGAAAUCGAAUUUCUACGAGAAAAUAUUACAACUAAUAACUCCAAAAUACAUUCUGUAACUAAAGAUGAAUACAUGAAAUUAGAACAAGAAAAUAUAAAAUUAAAGCAUAGAGUAGCUAUUUUGAAAAGGACUAUCGAAGCUGAUAGAGCAAAAACACAAAGCGGAAUGAUAACUACUGCAUGUAAUGUCACCAGUGUAUAUACUACUUUAUUUGAAUUAUUUGAAAAUGCUAUUUCUACUGCAUAUCCAGAUGUUCCUAAUCCUCCAGUGAUUAUAACAUAUAGCAAUAAUUCAAAAUUUGGGGAUUACCAAUGUAACAGUGCUAUGCCGCUUGCUAAACAACUUAGCAGUAAUGGAAUUAAAAAAUCUCCACAAGAUAUUGCAAAAAGUAUAAUGUCACAAGUAAAAGAAUCUGAUUUAAUUUCUAAAUUGGACGUCGCAAAUGCUGGUUAUAUAAAUAUAUAUUUAAAACGAGAAUUUGCGCAGACAAUGUUGAGUGACUUAGUAAAACUUGGAAAAGUAUGCCCACCACAUACAAAGAAACAAAGAAUUAUCGUAGACUUUUCUAGUCCUAACAUUGCAAAAGAAAUGCAUGUUGGACAUUUAAGAUCCACUAUAAUUGGUGAUAGUAUUGCAAGACUCUUAGAAUUUUUAGGGCAUGAUGUACUUAGAAUAAAUCAUGUUGGUGACUGGGGCACCCAAUUUGGAAUGUUAAUAGCUCAUCUUCAGGAUAGGUUUUCUGAUUAUUUAACUACAUGUCCACCUAUUACAGAUCUUCAGAGUUUUUAUAAAGAAGCAAAGGAAAGGUUUGAUAAAGACAAAGAAUUUAAAAAACGUGCAUACAAUUGUGUUGUCAAGUUACAAGCAUUUGAUCCUGAUAUGAUAAAAGCAUGGCAAUUAAUUUGUGAUGUCUCUAGGAAAGAAUUCCAAAAGGUAUACGAUCGAUUGAACAUUAAUUUAAUAGAAAGAGGUGAAUCUUUUUAUCAGAAACAUAUGGAAGCUGUAGUCAAAGAAUUAGAUGAAAGAGGACUAUUAGAAGACGACGAAGGCCGAAAAGUAAUGUGGGGCAAGGAUGGCAAUGGUAUACCUUUAACUAUUGUAAAAUCUGAUGGUGGUUUUACAUAUGAUACUUCAGAUGUGGCAGCACUUAGACAACGACUAGAAGAUGAAAAAGCUAGUUGGAUAAUAUAUGUAACAGAUGCUGGCCAAUCUCAGCAUUUUCAAGUAUUAAGAAGCUGUGCUGAACGAGUAGGAAUUUUAAAAAAUUGUCAUCGAAUAGACCAUGUUGGAUUUGGUGUAGUUCUUGGUCAAGAUAAAAAGAAAUUUAAGACUAGAUCUGGUGAUACAGUGAAAUUAAAUGAUUUAUUAGAUGAAGGUUUAAAAAGGGCACUCCAAAAAUUAAAAGAUAGAGAACGUGACAAAGUACUUACGGAAGAGGAGUUGAAAUUGGCUCAAGAAUCUAUUGCUUAUGGAUGUAUAAAGUAUGCGGAUUUGUCGCAUAACAGGAAUCACGAAUAUGUAUUUUCUUUUGAUAAAAUGCUUGAAGAUAAAGGGAACACUGCAGUGUAUUUACUAUAUGCUUUAACUAGAAUAUACUCUAUUGCAAGGGCGGCUAAUAUCUCGCGAGAGAAAUUACAAGAACUUGCACAAAAUACUCCAAUUUCAUUGAAGCAUGAGAAGGAAUGGAAAUUAGCUAAAGCAUUAAUAAAGUUUCCUGACGUACUAAUUAAAAUUACGGAAGAUUUGUAUCUGCAUCAAUUAUGCGAAUAUUGUUAUGAUAUCGCAUGCACAUUCACAGAAUUUUACGAUAAUUGUUAUUGCGUUGAAAAGAACAAACUUGGAGAAGUAGUGAAUGUAAAUAUGGGACGUAUGUUAUUGACAGAAGCUACUGCAAUUAUAAUGGAAAAAUGCUUUUCAAUAUUGGGUCUAAAACCAGUUGCGCGUAUGUGAAUAUAUUUAUACAAACAUAUAAUGUAAAGUAACAAUAAAAAAA